UUUGGCGAGUGUCUCCCAGCAGUCCGUUUUCACCAUGAAGCUGUCCGUGUGUCUGCUGCUGGCCGUGGUGGCCGCCGUCUCUGCCGACGAGGGCUUCUACCAGCCACAGGCCGUGGCCCAGUCGGCACCCGGUGCCUACAAUAAUUACUACGACCAGCAGUACCAGCCCCCUCAGAGUCAAGGAUGGCUCGAUCGUCUGUUCGGGUCCAACCGGCGCCAGGGCCUUGGCGGCCUUCUCGGGGGAGGACUCGGCAUUUUCGGUCUGAUCGGUCCCAUCGCUCUGGUCGUCAUUGCCAUCGUUGGUCUGGUCGGCACGGCCUAUGUUCUCUCGGAGCUCGAUAGCUCCGGCCGUGGCCUGGACUCGGACCAGUGGGAGGUGGACCACUCGGUCUGGAUGAACCAGCUCCAGAGGGACUUUGAGGACUCGUGGUCGGUGUAAUUGUUCCUGUGCUUUGAUGCGAUGAAACACGACGCUAUCCAUGCCUUUCCCGACCGCAGCUAGUACAAAUGGCGUUUUGUGAUCCUACGACGACUAACCAAACGCUAUUUCCUGAGCUGAGUUCAUUGUCACUUUUCAAAUAACAGCCAGUCAGUUUCCAUGUGCUGCUCAGUAUUGCAACAGAACUGUUGAAAUUCAUAUAGGAAUACCAAGCCUGCGUUGAUCGUAUUCUCUUAUCUGUGAUCUUGAAGACAUGUCAUGCAGUACCUUUUUUCGAACUACUAUUGUUCUACUAUUGUACUAUUGUCAGUUAUUGAGAUCAAGGCUACCCACAUGCCUUUCAUCUAGAUGCUUUUCCUUGAAUACCCUCCUCCCUUGGUCCUCUUUUUGUCCAUAAGUUCCGGCACUGAAGCAUCUUGCAAUAAGUUCAUCUAUCAUUUUCUACCAAAUCGUUCCAUAGGUUAUGCAUCGAUUUUCUUAACGAUUCCCUUCAAAUGAUUUCCUUUGGCCCAUUCGUCCGAUUUUUAUGUAAUUUGCUUAUCAAUCAAGCAUAGAUUAUUGUAUGAUUUCUUGUUCAUCUAUAGCAUUGUCACGUUAUUCUAUAUGUAAUUUUGCGUUCUUGUUUCUCUGACCAUGCUUUGCCUUCUGUCUCACCUGGAUAAAGUCAAUGGAAUAUCGUUCCAGUGUUAGUAGCCACUCAGC